AUGCAGUUAGUGGUACAGUCUCGUAACACACGUGUGAAUAGCUGUCACACACUGUUGCCGCAAAGUAAAUUCACUUUUUUUCGGACACAAAAAAAGUUUGUUGUAAACAAAAUCACAUUGUGCUGAAAUUGUGGUGAAAAAACGAUUAACAUGACAAAUAAUAACAUAAAAUUGGGUGAUUUUGUCAUCAUUCAACGGCAAAAGUAUACGAAACUAUUUAAAUUCAAUAGUUUAACAGCUCAAACCGCUUUGGGGAAAGAUCAAGUACAGUUGAAAAAUAUCAAUGAGCAUCCUUAUUCAACGACAUUCAAAAUGAAUCCGAUUCAAAUGCAUGGAAAGCGUGUCAUUGAAUUGGAACCAUGCUCAGAUGUUAGCAGUAUUAAAGAGUCGGUUAAUGUUACCGAAUGUGGCACGGACAAUCGAAAUCUGAAUAUGGACACGGAAACACAAACACUCAAAGCCGAUGAUAUUUUAAAGUUGCGCCAAAGUGGCUCCAGCGCUGGCGAAAUAGUAAAUAUUAUCGUAGAAAAUUCCAAAACAUUCACCUCCAAAACGGAAUAUUCACAGGAUAAAUACCUACGCAAAAAGGAAAAGAAAUAUUUCGAAUUUCUCCAAAUUCGUCGUCCGACAUUAAGACUGAUUGCAGAGAUUAUGUAUCGUCUGGACCCAGAAAAAAUUCUCGGUCUUCGUAUGGACUCGUUGUCACAGUUGAUAUCCUAUGCGAACGUAUCGGCGAUGGGAAAUUUUCUACUAUAUGAGUCCGGCACGAAUGGUUUGGUACCAGCAGCCCUAAUAAAUUCAAUAGGGGCAAAUACCGAGGGCAAAUUGUUGCAUUUGCAUCAGGGAAAUGUGCCACAGAAACAAGCAUUGCAAGCAUUGAAUUUGGAACAAGAACAAUUGAAUCGAUGUAUUUCGGCGAAUAUCUAUUCGAUAUUAAGACAAUUUUAUCAAAAGAGCGGCGGCCUAAAGCGAACACUUGAUGAAGUCGUCAAUGAUUCAGCGGAACCACCAGCGAAAGUAGCUAAAACUGACGAAACUGAAAAUUUGAGAGAAAUCACGGACACAGACAUGGAAAUCGCCACAGAACCAAGUGAACAUGAUGAUUCAGCAAAAAAUGGCGACAAAGAAGCGAAAACACCCAAAUGGUUUUAUGAAAAUGAACGUGGCUGCGAAUUGCUGCGCGAAAAUUUGGAUGCUUUGAUUAUUGUGGCCAAAGAACAUCCGAUCGCUAUUGUAAAUGCAUUAUUACCAUUUGUAAAAUCCAGUCGUCCAGUCGUGAUUUUUAGUUUAUCACGAGAUUUACUUGUUGAGACGUUUAUCAGUUUAAAAAGUAGCAGCCAAGUAACCGGCCUUAAACUUACAUCAAAUUGGCUUCGUAACUAUCAAAUACUUCCAAAUCGCACCCAUCCAGAUGUCAAUAUGAACGGGCACAGUGGUUUCAUCUUACACGGUCACACCGUUCGAUAGAAUGAAAUACUGAUUAUGAUAUUUAUAUGAAUUCAGUUCAUUUUAUUACUCAUGUUUUCUUUUCUGAAAAUAUAUUUACACAUUUUUUUUCUUCUUGAAUAUA